GUCUCUCCACUAAAUUACUUAAUUUUGUAAAGCUUCUGCUGAAAUGAAGAGAGAAAGUUGUAGGUAGGGUUCUAAAAACAUCCCUACAUUAAACUGUAAAUCGUUUUUCAAAUAAACAAAACCCAGUAUCAAAUUCAUAGGGGUACAACCACAAGUCACCGAAUUCCUCAACUAACAAGCUCUAAAAUCACAGAAUUCCUCCUUUGUUUAAUGUAGUUUGGUUGAAAAGUUAGGGUUCUUUUCAGGUCCCUUUUAUUGUGUUGUUGGGAUCUGAGAGAAGCCUAGGUGGACCAGAGAGAGCGAGAGAAAGAGAUGAAGAAUUCGAUUGGGGGACCAGGUUCUGUAAGUGGAUUAAUGUUAAGACUUGGGCAAUGUUUGUUUGCAUCAGCUUCAAUUGGAGCUAUGGUAUCUGCUUCUGGAUUUUCUAGUUACACUGCUUACUGCUAUUUAAUUGCUUCAAUGGGUCUUCAAGUGCUUUGGAGCUUGGGACUCGCGUGCCUUGAUAUCUAUGCUUUGAAGUUCAAGAGAGACCUCCAAAAUCCUGUCGUCCUAAGCCUGUUUGCUGUGGGUGAUUGGGUGACAGCCUUUUUAUCACUAGCAGCAGCCUCCUCAUCAGCGGGUGUUACGAUUUUGUACUCCAGAGAUUUGGAUUUCUGCAGCUUACAGCAAAUUCCCUGUAGUAGGUUCCAAAUCUCAGUUGCUUUCUCAUUUAUCACUUGGUUUUUCAUAGCAAUAUCGUCUUUAGUCAUGUUUUGGAUUUUGGGCUCCGUUUGAACCACUCGACUCUGUCCUGCUAGGCUGCAAAGGUGCAUGCAUCUCAGAUACUGCUUCCUAGGCCGCCUCACCUUGUAAAUUUCAUUAUGCUGUAACAUAUCAAUCAUACCCCAGUAGAAGGGAUGUUUUCAUUGAGGAGCCCAUAUGCGCUUAUUGUGAUAUCCAAUUUUGUUUGUUGUACAUUUUCUUUUCGGGUGAUAUCCAAUUUUGUUUGUUGUACAUUUUCUCUUCGGGGAGGCGUUAUAUACAAACACUAUGUUAUUAUUUGAUGAUAUUUAAAUAUACUUUGAGUUGAUUUUCACUAGCA